CCAAAAGUGAAAAUUCAAUAAUAAUAAUAAAAAAAACACCAGCGAACAAGGGAGUGGAGAGUGGACUGGUAGUUUUUCCUUUCUUAAGCCAAGCUUCCUUGCAGUUGCAGAAACCAAAAACUAAAAGCAAAAGCAAAAGUAAAAGCAAAACCAAUCAUCUGUGGAUGCUGCCGCACUCGAACAUGCCACGGGAAGACAACCAGGUUCCAUUACUAUCCGACCAGGAUGUUGCGUACGAGUCCGGCGAAAAAGUUCACAUCCUCGGAAUCAAUGAACCGGACGAGGAAGGGUCAUCGGUUGUCCCACCUUUUUCCUGGAAAAAGCUAUGGCUUUUCACUGGACCUGGUUUUUUAAUGUCAAUCGCGUUUCUGGAUCCUGGGAAUUUAGAAGGGGACCUUCAAGCCGGAGCAAUAGCCGGUUACUCCUUGCUGUGGCUGUUGAUGUGGGCCACGGCUAUGGGGUUGCUGGUUCAACUUUUGUCGGCUCGGCUUGGUGUGACGACGGGGAGACACUUGGCUGAGCUGUGUAGAGAAGAGUAUCCGACUUGGGUUAGCAUGGUUCUGUGGGUAAUGGCAGAGCUGGCUUUGAUUGGAGCUGAUAUACAAGAAGUUAUUGGAAGUGCCAUUGCUAUUAAGAUUUUGAGUAACGGUAUUUUGCCUUUGUGGGCUGGCGUUGUUGUUACAGCUUCUGAUUGUUUUAUCUUGUUGUUUCUUGAAAAUUAUGGGGUUAGGAAGCUGGAAGCAUUUUUUGCAGUCCUUAUUGCAACUAUGGCAGUCUCAUUUGCUUGGAUGUUUGGUGAAACAAAACCCACUGGCACUGAACUUCUUCUUGGUGUUUUGAUUCCGAAACUCAGCUCCAAAACCAUCAAGCAGGCUGUGGGAGUCGUUGGCUGCAUUAUUAUGCCUCACAACGUAUUCUUGCACUCUUCUCUUGUGCAAUCAAGAGAAAUUGAUUACAGCAAGAAGGGUCGGGUGCAAGAAGCUCUCAAUUAUUACUCAAUAGAGUCCACUGUUGCACUUAUAAUUUCCUUUAUAAUCAAUCUUUUCGUUAUGAGUGUAUUUGCCAAGGCAUUCUAUGGUACAGAAAUAGCCAGUAGUAUCGGCCUCGUGAAUGCAGGGCAAUAUCUUCAAGAAAAAUACGGAGGUGGAUUAUUCCCAAUUUUAUAUAUAUGGAGUAUUGGGUUGUUAGCAGCAGGACAAAGUAGCACUAUCACCGGCACUUAUGCUGGCCAGUUUAUCAUGGGAGGUUUCCUGAACCUGAGAAUGAAAAAAUGGCUAAGAGCAUUAAUCACAAGGAGUUGUGCAAUUAUUCCUACAAUUGUAGUUGCUCUUGUUUUCGAUACUUCUGAAGCAGCACUAGAUGUCUUAAAUGAAUGGCUUAAUGUGCUUCAGUCAAUUCAAAUCCCUUUUGCUCUUAUCCCACUACUUUGUCUGGUAUCCAAGGAGCAAAUCAUGGGUACCUUCAAAAUUGGCCCUGCACUCAAGAUAGUUGCAUGGCUUGUGGCAGCGCUGGUGAUAGUGAUCAAUGGGUACCUUUUACUUGACUUCUUCUCCUCCGAAGUCACUGGCGUAAUCUUUACCACCGUUGUCUGUGCAUUUACAGGAGCUUAUCUUGCAUUUAUUGUUUACCUUGUUUAUUGGGGAUUUACUUUAUCUGCUCGGCGCCAGAUGUUACCUGCUAAACUGGCACAAGGCAUGGAGUGAUAGGUCUUAAGAGAAACUUGUCAAGCUAAGAUAUCAGAAACCAUAGGGACACCAUCAAACUGUCUUUCCACUGAUGAUUUUGUUUAGUUGAAGGCUUGAAGCAUGUCUUUUUCGUGUAUGCAUCCGUAUAUGGGCUUUAUGUACAGAGUUCAUUUUAGUAGCUUACUUCUCGACAUACUGUAUCAAACAACACGGUCGUAGGUUUGGAUAGUAUCCUGCCGUAUACAGGGAUUGAAGAUAGAGGCUGUAACAAUGACAUUCUUUUGAAACAGUUGAAUGAGCUAAACUAUGUAUUAUAUACAAAUGUAUUAGAAAAAUUUACGAGGAA